AUGGACACAGCGGCCAUGAGCUCGCGUCUAAGACGACUUGCCAAAGAACUUCAAGAUUGUCAGGAUACCGGCGUUAAUUUGCAGCCAUGCAACCCAGAUGAUUUAGCUCAUCUCGAGGCUUCCCUGUCAAUUCCACCAGAUACACCUUUCUUCGGAGGCACUUAUACCAUCAACGUAUUGGUCCCUGAUGACUAUCCAUUUGCGAAGCCGUCAAUGAGGUUUAAUCAAAAGAUAUAUAAUCCGAAUGUGAAUCCUGAUACGGGUGAAAUUGCACCAGGUGCUCUCGGCUCAUGGGACCCAACCAACACUAUAAAGGCAACAUUGGCUACAAUAGCUAAGCUACUGCAGCAUCCCGACUCGCGAUACCCUCUUAAUAGUGAAGCAGACCUGCAGUCUCGGGAGACCCCGUCUCUCUUCAAAGAAAGGGCACAGGAGUGGGCUGUAAAGUACGCAGGAGCCCCAACUACAGAAACUGAUAGUGCUAGUUACGGGGGGUACAACCGCAAUCUGAUCAACUAG